AUGGCCGAACCCGAUCCACAAUUCGUGGCCGAUACGCUGCGCGCCCGCGCCGAGAUGGCACUCGCCAAGGCCCAGCGACACGCGGCUGUUCAGCGUCUCCUUUCCCACCCGGCCAUCGCGCCAGCCCGCGAGAUCCUUGCCGACCCCAUGGUCUGCGCGGCGCUCGUGGGCGCGUUCAUCGCACUUCUGUUCUUCAUCUUCUAUCCCGCGGGUAAGAAGAGCCGUCGUUCUGGCGUGCCCAAGGCCCUCCUCGUCGGUCCGACGGAUGCAGGCAAGACGGCCAUCUUUGCCAAGUUCGCACAGGACGAGGUGCCGGCUACACACACGUCUACCGUACCGUCGACGGCUAGCGUUGCUUUGCGCGCGAGCGGACGUUCCAAGACGGUCCGGCUGGUUGAUAUGGCUGGGCAUGCGCGGUUGCGCGACGAGGUGUCGGCGGCAGUUGCUGAUACGGAUGCGGUGGUGUUUGUUGUGGAUGUGAUGGGCGUUGUGCGUAAUGCGGCGUCCGUGACUGAACAACUACCGCCCCUCCUCACUGCGAUGGCGGGCACCGCCUCCCGGCGCGGCUUCAACACCUCCCCUCUCCGUCUCCUCAUCCUCGCACACAAGGCUGACGCGCUCUCGCGCGAGGCCACUGCCCUUUCGCCGCCCGAUCUCGCACCUCAGACCCGCCAGACGGCCGAGGAGCGCGUGCGCUCAGUCCUCACCCGCGAGAUGGACCGGCUCAAGUCGGCGCGCUCCGCCUCGGGCGGACGCAUCGAGGGAAUGGGCCGCGUCGCUACCCAGCGUGGAUGGUGGGCGCGGCUCUUUGGCGCUCCCGAACCAGUCGCCGAGAACACUGAGGAUGAAGAGGCACUCGUGUGGGGCGGGCCAGGCGCUUGGAACUGGGACGACGUUGAGGGCGUGGAUGUCGAGUGGGGCGUUACGGGCGUUGGUGGAGCCAAGCCGCUUACGGAGGAGUGUGAGGAGGGAGACGGUCUGCAGGACCUCACGGACUUCUUCUGGGAUCUGUAG